AUGUAUAUUUUUAUUUUAAAGAUAAAUGACUGGAAAAACCCAAAUUGCUAUUUAGUUCAGUUUUACUUCAGCUUGAACUCAUGAUUCUGCAACACCAGUGUUUUAUGGAGCCAUCAUGUUUCAAUGGACAAAUGGCACACACGCACACAGAGAGACGGACAGACAGACAGAGAGGGCCUGGUAACUUAAGCCUCUUAACACUAAUGCAUGUGUUGCUGAGUGAGCACUGGACAAGAACAAAAUGUCUUCAGAAAAUUCAUCAGCAGUUUAGUACUGUUAAGAUUGUUAAUAUGUCCUGGUUUUGCUUUGGGCAGUGUGUUAAGAUGGAAUAGUGGGUAAAUACAUAAUCUAGGAAAAGCUUUGGAAGUACAGUCAAUAGAAUAAAAUGGCAGAUAUGGUGGGUAUGUGGGAGGUGCCUCUUAGUGAUGGGAUUUACCAGAUUGAAUUUGAGCAUGGAACCACCACAGGGAAACGUGUUAUUUAUAUCAAUGGAAAGGAGGUCCUCAGAAGGGACUGGAUGUUUAAACUGGUGGGAAAGGAAACAUUUCCUGUUGGAUGUACAGGCACAAAAGCUACUAUAAAUAUCGAAGCACUUACCGGCUUUACUUAUGAGUACACUCUGGAAAUCAAUGGAAAGAGCCUCCAGACUUUUAUAGACAACUGGGCCAAAAUAUCCAAGACUUGGCUGCUGAAACUUGAUGGUGCUGACUGCAGGAUUGUUCUGGAGAAAGAUACCAUGGAUGUAUGGUGCAAUGGUCAAAAGGUGGAAACCACAGGGGAGUUUACAGAUGACAGCACUGAGACACACUUUGCAGUGGGGAAACAUGAAUGUUGCAUAAAAGCCACUGCCAGUGGGAAGAAAAGAAAUGGAGUAAUGCACACACUGCUCGUGGAUGGGACAAAGGUCAUGUGAUGAAGAGGAAAUACCUGUUUCACUUUUCAGUACUUGAGUCAGGUGGUAAAAGAGCAGAGCAGUUACUUCCUUGUACUCCAGUGCUUCUGAAUCUAAUGUUAUUGAAUGGUGAUUAACUAAAUGUCUCAAUAGGCUAUCAUCAGCGUGGCAUAGGUUUUGUCUUGGAAAAACAGUACAGGAAAUUUCAACCAGUGACUAUGAUCAGUGACUUCAGUCAAUUAAAUUCACUUU